UGAGUGAUCAUAAAACGACUCUGAAACCAUGUGAUUUCAUUUCACACUUGAGCAAAGAUGAAUCCACAAGUCUCUGUUGCGCUUCUUUUUAUUUUUCUUACUGGAGGACACUCUCUCAAAUGUUAUGUGUGCAAAUUUGAUUUAAUGACGGGUUCUUGUGACGGAAAACCAAUGACAUGUCCCAGUGGAGCUUCCAAAUGUGCGAGUAUAACAGCGGACCAAUCCAUUGGUUCCACUAAGGUGUCUCUCACAACUAAGCUUUGUACUGACCAUUGUGAACCUGGAACCCAACAGCUCCCAACUGGAACAAUUUCUACCAAGUGCUGUGACACUGAUCUCUGCAAUGGCACAGAUGGAAUCUAUAAGGGCAGUUUCUUGCUUCUCUUGUUGCCGCUGUUCUUCUACAUCCUGUUGCACUGAGUUCAGCAGCACUUCCGAUUCUACAACUGCAGUGAAGACCACAUACCACCACAACAACAGAAUGUAAAGAUUUGUAUUUAAUAACUUUGCAUUACUAAAUAGAGCUUGUUUGUUGCUUAUCCUUGCAAUUACAGUGGAAGGAACUCAACUCAAACUAUUGUUGUAAAAAAAAUCACAUUUACUGAUCUAUGUAAAAUGUACAAAAUCUUUAUUUCCAGAAAAAGUCAAACUAAACUGCUGAAAUAAAAGAUUUACACACA